AUGAGUAGUGCGUACGAGGAUUUUGCAUCGGGUAGCCAGUCUCCCUACAACGUAGGGAGAGGUGCACACCCCGGUGCUGUUCUGCUGUCACCUCAAUCAAGUGUGAUGAAUCUGAGCAACAGCGCGGUGAGUGCUACGGUUCUUUCACCGCAAUUAACUGCUCAGUCGCACAAUUUGUCGUUCAACGAAAUGCUGGAUCAGCAGUCUCUAUUAUUGGAUCCAACUGGUUCACAUUCGCAGCAGUCGAAUAAUAUGUCCUCGACCCACUCAGCAGCCGGCUCUGCUGUUAUGUCGCCCAUGAUACAAUCGCCCUCUCGAACACCAACCAAUGCGCAGGGCUCUUCGAUGUUUUUAGAUUCUUUCACUAGUUCGUCCAGUAACAACGUGGUUGGAAUGCACAACCGUUCCCAGUCACUCAAUAAGUCUAAAGCGCAGCAAAAUUUAGGUCAAACUCAGACAGUUAACCCAAAGUCAUCACAAUCGAAGCCAAGAGGUCAAGGAGAUGUCAACCCGGUUGUCAAUUUUACUCAGGAUAUCAACCAGCUAUGUUCGUGGAUGUCGAUGUUAAGUAGUGUUCAACAGAAUACCGUCAUUGACAAUUUGCUGUCCACGUUGAACGAGGAUGUAUUGCAAUACACUAAGCUGAAGUUAGAUAGUCUGAUGAACAGCGGUUACAUAUCUCCCCAGAUUCCGGCCAUUGCUUCUCCAGUCCCCAAUAGGGAAUCCUAUUCCAUUACAAAUCUAGAUUCUGUGUUUUCCAAUGAGAGAAGUAUGGGGGCUGAUAGUGAUACUGGUGAUCACCUCGAUCCCAGCGUUGAUCAUUCUGUUAUAUACCAACAGUGGUCACCACAACCUACUUCGAUGACUCAACCAAUCUACGAUUAUAUCAAAGAGAUGAACCAGAGACCCAAAUCUGCUGAUCCUCAUGUUUCCAAAGCGAAUAUUAACCACACCGUGAAGAAACCAGCUAGUAGCCAUAAUUUCAACACUCAAACCAACUUUUACUCGGCAUCAACCAAGAAUAGAAACUUCAAUGGUGAUUUUGGCACCGCGAAUAGUCAUACCUACUACGGCGGGAAUCGUCAGCAACCCACUUCCAAUAUGCAUAUGAAUACCACUCACAGCUCUCUAUCCCCUGAUCAUUCGCCAAACAGUACGUCAAGUAGUCACACGGGUAAUGUGACCCCAAAUCCAACCAUCAAUGCGAUACCUGGUGCUUCCAAUGGUGGUGGGAAUGGACACGGUUCAUCGAUGAACCCUAGGACCUUGACUGAUCCUCGAUUGUUGACCAAUAUACCAGUGUGGUUAAAGUCCCUGAGAUUGCAUAAGUACUCAGAUGCGCUAAGCUCCAAAAAAUGGGAUGAACUCAUCUAUUUGGACGAUGAUGCCCUUGAGAAGAUGGGUAUUAGCGCCUUAGGUGCGCGGAGAAAACUUCUCAAGGCAUUUGCCAUAGUAAGAGACCACAAGGACCAGGGACUUAUCGAUCAGACCGCCUAUGUAUCAUAG